GCCGAACUUCGUGCUGUGGAGAAACGCUAAGGGCUUUUGCAAAAGACUGGCUUCCUUUGAACUCAGGAGGUGAGAAAACGAAAGGUUAUUAGGUUCCUGCAAGUUAUUUGGGACCCGGUCAAGAUUUCAAGCUAAACAUGGUGGCGACGAGUAGCCUGAGAGUCAUUCUUCAAGCCUCUCCAUGCAAGUCACUGUGGAGAAGAUUGCAGACCCCCAGGUUCGUGCCAGCGAGGCCCUGCAGCCUCUACACCUGCACGUACAGAAGCCGGAACCGAGCCUUGCACCCGCUCUGGGAGACCGUGGACCUGGUCCCGGGGGGCGAGCGCCAGUCGCCCAUCAACAUCCGGUGGAGGGACAGCGUCUAUGAUCCUGGCUUAAAACCGCUCACCAUCUCUUACGACCCCACCACCUGCCUCCAUGUCUGGAAUAACGGGUACUCUUUCCUCGUGGAAUUUGAAGAUUCUACAGAUAAAUCAGUGAUCGAGGGAGGACCCCUGGAGCACAACUACCGAUUGAAGCAAUUCCAUUUUCACUGGGGGGCCAUCGAUGCCUGGGGCUCCGAGCACACCGUGGACAGCAAAUGUUACCCGGCAGAGCUGCAUUUGGUGCAUUGGAAUGCAGUCAAAUUUGAAAACUUUGAGGAUGCAGCAUUGGAAGAACAUGGUUUGGCUGUGAUCGGAGUAUUUUUAAAGCUAGGCAAACAUCACAAAGAGCUGCAGAAAUUGGUGGAUACUUUGCCAUCGAUCAAGCAUAAGGACACCCUUGUGGAAUUUGGGUCAUUUGAUCCUUCCUGCCUAAUGCCUGCCUGCCCAGAUUACUGGACCUACUCAGGGUCCCUGACUACCCCGCCACUCUCCGAGUCCGUCACCUGGAUCAUUAAGAAGCAGCCCAUAGAGGUUGAUCAUGAUCAGCUUGAACAGUUUCGGACCCUGCUUUUCACUUCAGAGGGGGAGAAAGAGAAAAGAAUGGUGGACAAUUUCCGCCCCCUUCAGCCCCUAAUGAAUCGCACUGUCCGCUCUUCCUUCCGUCAUGAUUAUGUACUGAAUAUACAAGCGAAACCCCAGCCUUCAACUAGCCAAGUGACCCCCUAA